CCGGUGCCAUUUGUCCUCAGUUGCUGGUGGCAUUUUUAACCCCCCCCACAGGCUGCAAACCCCAAUGGGAGCAGCUAGAAAUGGCAAAACAGCGCUGCUGGACCCAGCUGGGGUGGGAAAGCGGGGGGGGCGGUUUGGGCGACGAGAUUUUAUAUUUUGCACCCCAUGUGGGCCCUGCGCGAGAACCUGUGAGCGCGGAGCACAGCUCGUCCCCGCUCUGGCAGAUCUACUUUUUGCUGAGCACUGCCAUAAACAACGUCGUGCUGGUCGUCCUCUUCUUUGAGGUCCUGCUCAACUGGUACAGAGGUUUCUGGCUCUACUGGAAGGAUGGCUGGAACAUCUUCAACUUUUUCAUCAUGGUCUACCUGCUCAUCGGGCCCCUCAUCCCCCAGCUCAAUGACCAGAAGAUUUUCCACAUCCUGAGGGUGAUGAGGCUGCUGCAGGUCUGCAUGCUGGUCAAGGGGCUGGCGAGGAUGAUUCGGGUGAUCUUCAAGGCCAUCCCCAACCUACUCAACAUCAUGUUCCUGCUCUUUAUCCUCAUGCUGGUCUUCUCAAUGCUUGGUGUCAUCCUCUUUGGCAACAUUGUCCCAGCCCACUUUGGCAACCUGGGGAAGGCCCUGUAUUCGCUCUUUGUCUGCAUCACACAGGAUGGCUGGCUGAACAUCUACCAGGCCUUCGAGAAAGAAGGGCACGCUGUGAAAAUAGGAGGUGCCAUUUACUUCCUAAUCUUCCUCACGGGCGGGACCUUCAUCUGUGCCAACCUGCUGGUGGCCGUGGUGAUGUCGAGUCUGGAGGAAUCUUUGAUCGCCCAUGAAAAGGAGGAGGAGAAGGAGCGGGUGGCCAGCCUGGCUGCUCAGCCCAGCCUGGAGCUGGUCAGCAGGGAUGUUGGCAUGGACUCUGAGCUCAGCCUGACACACCCGAAAGCAGUGAUGUGGGACAAGGCCUCUGUGCACAACUUCCAGGAGCCGUUCACCUACAACAGCCUGGUCAACAUGAGAAAGAAGGCCUUUGAUGAUUUCUGUCCCCUCUUGCAAUCUAUCCAGGAGAACCUCAGACACUACAAGGAGAUCCGUGAAGAGCUCAACACGAUAGUCGAGGAGGUGAGGUCCAUUGAAUUCAACCACGCACAAGAGCAAGACCUGAUUCUGCGGAACCUCCUGAAUAGCUUGGAUAACCCUCAGUCCAGCCAUCGGCAAACGUGAUUGACCCCGAGGACAUGCAGGACAGGCUGUGCCGCAAAGGGGCCGUGAAGACGGGCUGGCUGAGAGCCCCACGCCAGGUGUACCAGCCUGCACCCUUCCCGCCGUAGCCACCCCGAGCCGCUGGGGAGCACGGUGCAGACCUGUCCCCAGCCCAGAGCGCACAGCCCGGAGGACAGGACGUGACGGUGUAGGAAAGGAGAAGAGGUGCCCAGCUCCAAGGGCAGCAUGUCCUUCUGUCCCAGGCCCCCCGUGUGAGAUGCCAGGAUGGAUGGAGGAUGCAGAACGGCACCAGGGCAGGUUGGGCUUUUGCUUGCAGAGGGGCACAAUCCCCUUUCCGGCAGCAGGCAAUGACGUAGCGACCUGUGUCCCAGAGGAGGCUGGGAGAGGAUCAGAGAAGGCAAAUCCAUCGCCCUGUCCUGAGAGAUGUCCCUGGCUGCUGAGCCUUUCUCCAGGACAGCCUGGCUGGACACUGCAAGCUCCCUCCCUGCUGGGACGUAGCGGGGCGAUUAGGGUGAAAACGUAGAGCUUUGGGAUCUUGGGGCCAAACCCUCUCAUGCCCGAGUCGCUCUCGAGCCCGCUGCCCGUCGCGCAGCUCCGUCCCUGGCUGCGGAGGGCGUUUGCUGCCAGACAGGAUUUGAGUAGAGGGCUCCGAACUGUUUUUCUCCCAAACGGAUGCAAACCCCAGCUGGCCCUGACAGUAACCCUGCAGUUCUCCACAACCUACCGGACAUCAGAUAAAUUUGGGUGUGUGUGUG